CUGGGUUGCCUUGGUUCAGUCUGCUCGCCGCAAUGAUGUGGAUUGCCUGCCUGUUGCUUGUUCCGAUCUGCGCUGCUGCCACGGCUGGAGGAGCCAAUCCCGAGGCCAGUCCCGAGGCCAGUCCCAACACCCGGCUGCUGGACAACAUCCGCAGCUAUGUGCAAGAGGACGUCAGUGCGUGCGACAACUACUUCGAGCACGCGUGCGGCAAGUACGCUGCGCGCCACAUCGACGACCCCUUCACCGAGAUCACGCAGAUGCUGGACUACAAGGUGAACCAGAAGCUCGUCCAACUAAUGGCCGAUCUCCGCCAGCGCUCCCAGGCGCCGGGCUUCGACGCGUCCAGCGUGGACGCCAAGGUCCUGCAUUACUACCUCACCUGCCGGCAUGCGCCACAGAGCACGCGCCUGGCAAAGGAGUACCUGAGACGGGCUCCCCCGGACGAGGGACUCACCUGGCCCCAGUUCAGCCCCCGCGGGACGCCCUGGCCCGCGGACCAGUUCAAGUGGCUGAAGACCCUGGGACAGCUGCACCGCUACGGCCUCAGCAAUGUGCUGGUGAGCGUGCUGGUGACCCGGAGUUUCCAGAACAGCAGUGAGUUCGUAUUGGACCUCAGUAUGCCCAGUUUCGCGGGAGAGGCUCAGCACUUGCCCAAGCCUCUUGAAACACGGGCCACGCUUCGGGCCAUGGCAGUGCCUGAGAACAGCGAGAGGCCGCUGGGCCGGAAGAUUAGAAGGCUGGAAAGUGCCGUGCUGGUCCUAACUGAAGCUGACGACGACGAUGAUGGCCAACUGCUGAGGGUGGAUCAGUUGGGGCGCGAAACAGGCCAGGACUGGCAGGGAUUCGUAGAGCUAGUAGUGGGUCACAGCGUCUCCUCCGACUUCCAGGUGCAGGUGCACAACAUACCCUACUUCAGGGCACUGGUGCGCCUGAUGAACUCCACAGACGCCCACACGGUGGCUCACUAUAUCAUGACCCGGUUCGUGCUGCACCUCCUGGAAGACACAAUGGACAGCAGUGAGCCCAUCGAGUGCGUGAAGGAUGUGCGCCGCAGCAUGGGCCUGGCCGCGGACCUGCUCUACAAGGAGCGCUUCCUGGACCCCGCCGGCACGCUGCCGCAGCACGUCCAGCAAGUGAUGGAGGUCUUCGAGCAACUGCGUCGGCAGUUCCUGCUGCAGAUCGCGGAAAACCGCCUGGGGCUGACCAGGGAGCAGAAUAGGAUGAUCGCCGUGAAGGCGCGGAACAUCGCCGUGAACAUUGGCAACAUGCCCAGGCGCCGCGACCUUCGCACCUUCGCCAGCCGGCACUACGCGGACCUGGUGUUUCCCGCGGCAGACUUCGACUUCAGUCGGGAGCACCUCAGACUACUGGAGUUUCGAGCCAGAAGGCAAAUGGAACAACUUGGCCGUCCACUGCCGAGUGCCGAUGAGUUCUUCUAUUUGGCGGACGCGGAUACUGCGAUGAGCUCUAGCCCGUUCUACCUGAUGCACCAAAAUCUCAUUGUCGUGCCACACGGAUCUCUGCAGGAGCCGUUCUUUGCGCCGGACAGCCACGGCGUGUUCAAGUUCAGCCUGCUGGGGUUCGUACUCGCCCAUGAGCUGAUCCACUCCGUCGACACCACGGGUCUGCUGUUCGACAGUCACGGAAACCUUCACGACAUUGGCCCCGCAAUAAUGAACUCGCCGCGGUUCGAGGCGGGAUUGCAGUGCAUGAAGCGCAGCCAAACGCAGUACCUCGACGAGCAUAUUGCGGACAUGGCCGGACUGGAUCUCGCCUACUCAGCCUACUUUCAGAACGCCAGGGACGGAAACUGUUCAGACUUCACCGACAUUCCGCCGCAGCAGAUCUUCUUCCUCAACCUGGCUCAGUUUUUCUGCGGGGACGGUGACCAAUCUAACUUCGUGGAUCACGACAACGACCAGAUGCGCCUGCAGCAAAUGCUGAACGGCUUCGCCCCCUUCCACAGGGCUUUCGGAUGCCAGAGCCGGGCUCAGUCCGAGAAGUGCCAGCUGUGGUAAGCCAAACCUCAAGUGAGACUGGAUUUGAUGGUUGCCACACCACUAAAUGUGCUUGAAAAAAGACUUUCGAUUGUAAUACUAAUAAAUUAUACAAAAAUUUAACUUGGUUCCAUGUUGACAGGUUUAUAAACCCUGCAGAUCGUUUUUCCUUUUUAUAGCGGAUGGUUUUAGUUUUAGAAAAGUACAACAAUUAAUAAAGUAUUAUAAAGAUG